AUGUCCCCUAGGCAAGCGGCAGCGCAUGUGGUUGUGGGACUGCUGGCGUUCAAGAUGCUAGGUGGUCGCUUCUGUAACCUCAUGCCCAGCGACGUGCCGAAGCGAGGUGCCUUCGCCUCCUCCCUCCCAGCCAAGGGCAGCAAGUACGCCACGGGGAACUCAAGGGGUCUCAUCAAAGACCUCUUCCAUCGCUUCGGCUGCCACCACUGCGGCACACGGCGGGGCGACUGCAUAGCAGACCACAUCCCCACCAACCGGGACGUGCACGGAGCCAAAUGGAUGGAGCGGUCCAAGAAGACUCGCACUCAACCUGCCUCCACCACAAUUACUCCUACUGCCACUGCUGCCACUGCUGCCACUGCUGCCACUGCAAGCACUGCACCCGCUGCUAGCACUGCUAGCACUGCUACCACUGCAGCCACUCCAGCUUUGAAAGCUUCGAAGAAACCUACAUCCUGGCCUGCCAAGAUCAUGCCCCUGGGCUUACUGCGAUUGUUCCGUCCUUCCACAUCAGUCGAAGGAGCAGGAGCAGGUGCUGGUGCAGUCGCUGGUGCAGUCGCUGGUGCGGGAGUAGGAACAAGCACCGCAGCCAGUGCCAAACAGGCUCGGCCCAAGCCUGCUGCCAAGCCUGGACGCAUGCCUCGGGUUUCGUCCGCUUCCACUUCGUCUUCCUCCCGCCUCUCUAGAUCUCCCAGUAUGAAGCAUCGAGCACCUAUUGUGCAGCGCUCUCCUAGUCUCAGGCGCCAGGGAAGCACAAGGAGGACAGAAACAAACACCGGAAAGCCAGGCAGCGGCGAGGGGAAGGGGGAGGACAGGGCGAGAGGGGGGGGAAAACGAGGGACGGGGGGUGCAAAGCAGGGUGCUGAGGAAGGGGGUUCAGGAGCUGCUAAGGGAGGUAUUUUCGGAUGGCUUGGGCUGGGUCCUGGCCACGCAGUGAGGGAGACGCAGAGGCAGCGGCUGUACCCGCAGUGUGCGGGUUGCUCUGCACGCCAAUCUUCUGCCGUGCGCAAUCAGCGUACGCUCGUGUUGCAUCGACGGUCCGGAUGGCCCUCGCCCUACCUGCUUGGUGGGUUCUUCCUUCAUCCACAAUUGAUGGCUCAAGGACAGUAG